GUGACACCUACAUGAAAUUUCCGAAAUCAUGGGGAAGGCAGAAUAAUUUACAGUACAGUAUUGUAAUCAGAUCCAGAGGGAGGAAUGUCAGCAUUUUUCCCGUUCUGUUCAGCCAUUCUCUGCCUCGUUGCCGGGAAAGUUCUUGGAACUGUUCUCGCAUAUUUCGCUUCAAAACUGCUGCUAGGGGAGAAAUUCCAGGGCGAAGAAAACGAUCGCUUGGAAUACUUCAACCAGCUGGUUCGUAAAUAUGAAAACGGGAAGCUUACAAUUUUCCUGACGAGAUUGCAGAUGAACGAUGACGAGUUGUUCCCUCAGACCUUCGUCAACUACGCAGCACCGAUUUGUAACGUG